AUGUGGUCCAAGCUGACUGACCUGUUCCAACGUCACAGUCGCUAUGGUUCUCGAAGAUCGUCCACAUCGACAUGUAGUACAGAUCGACGAAGUAGUGCCAUUUCUUCAGACGACGGUCAACGCCACCGACCUCGAAGAAAACUAGUAGAAGAUUGCACUGGCAUGACCACUAUACCGCCGUACAGUCCGACCUACUGUAAACCGAACGAAUUCCCGUACUCCAAUUUCUACGUAAAAUUACCCAACGGCAAAUGGAUGGUUCGAUAUCGAUCCGGUAAUCGCGAUAUCCUGGGAACAGACGAGUUUGCCGGCUACAUGAUCUAA